AGCGUAGGGGAUGCUGAGAGAGGGCAGAGGAUCCCAAGUGAGGGAGAGCACAGGUCCAGAGAGAGAGGCUGCUGUCAGAAUGCACAGAGACUGCAGUAGAUAUGGAGACAGUCAUGACUCGGCUGCAGCACAUUCUGCUGACACAGCGACCGCACAGAGCAAAGUUCACAUUGUUGUUUUCUUCUUGCAGAAACUGCCGGGUGUCUCAUACAGCCGGGUGUCUCAUACAGCGGGGUGUCUCAUACGUCUGGGUGUCUCUUACAGCAGGGUGUCUUAUACAUCUGGGUGUCUCUUACAGCAGGGUGUCUCGUACCUCCAGUUGUCUCCUAAGGAGCAGUAUGGGUGAGAAACGGAUCCUGUGUAUCGGGCUGGUCUGUCUGGAUAUCAUUAAUGUGGUCGAUCGUUAUCCAGAAGAGGACACGGACACCAGGUGCUUAUCUCAGCGCUGGCAGCGAGGCGGUAAUGCCUCCAACUCCUGCACCGUGCUGUCUCUGCUGGGGGCCCCCUGUGCCUUCAUGGGCUCCUUGGCUCCUGGCUACAUCGCAGAUUUUACGUUGGACAGUCUGACAAGUUACGGCAUUGAUGUAGAACAUGUUGUCUCUCAUCCCGGUUCUUCUUUCCCGGCCUCCAUAGUCAUCAGCAACAUUAGAAAUGGGAGUCGUACCAUCCUUCACAUGAACAGGAAUCUUCCUGACGUAACAGCAGAUGACUUCCAGAAGGUAGAUCUGACACAGUAUAAAUGGAUUCACUGGGAGGGAAGAAAUGCAGAUGAACAGAUAAAAAUGAUCCAACGAGUAAGCAAUUAUAAUAAAAGCUGCCCUACAGACCAGAGGAUCACUAUCUCCGUAGAGAUCGAAAAAGAGCGAGAAGAUUUGUACCAAUUGUUCCAGUAUGGUGAAGUGGUGUUUGUUAGUAAAGAUGUUGCGAAACAUUUUGGAUUUACCUCUGCAGCUGAAGCUAUUGUUGGACUGUACCCACGUGUAAAGAAUGGGGCAUAUCUGGUGUGUGCUUGGGCUGAACAAGGUGCUGACGCUCUGGGACCAGACGGACGCAUCCUCCAUUCUCCUUCCUUUCCCCCAGAGGAAAUUGUGGACACGCUUGGUGCUGGGGACACCUUCAACGCUUCCGUAAUUUAUGCCCUUGCUAAAGGUCAAACUAUGGAAGAGGCCAUUACGUUUGGUUGCCGUAUAGCAGGGAAGAAGUGUGGGAUACAAGGCUAUGAUGGUAUUGUCUCCUGAGAUCUUCGAUCAUUUUUUACUGGAACAUGACUUCACAGACCUGGAGAAUGAGAACCUCCUCAGCACAGUGCUACACCCCCAAUAAUCAUGUACAGAAGUAGCCCAUUUAUAUAAUAAAUUCUCAUCACUUGAUGAUGUCAUUAUAGAGACGUUUAUGGUGAUUGCCCAUGUUUCCUGCUCCAUGUACA